CAAAAUAGCUCAAGUUCAGUCAGGUUGGACGAAGUCAGUCUGAAUGUCAAUUUUUAAAUCCUGCCUCAGAUUCCUGAUUGGAUUUGGGUUAGGACUUUGAUUGGGCCAUUUGCAAUCAUAACUAUAUACUAAACUGUUCCAUUGUAGCUUUGGUUAUAUUUAUUUUUUUUAGGGUUGUCACCUUGCUGGAAGGUGACGUCUUCUGCAGCCUGUUACAGGUUUUCAUCUGAGAUUGCUGUGUUCAACACUAUCUAUCUCCUCAUCAACCCAGAACAACUCUGUCCCUGCUAAAAAAAAACAUUCCCUCGUCAUGAUGCUGCCACCGCCAUGUUUCACAGUGGGGAUGGUGUGUUCAGGGUGGUGUGGGGCGUAAAUCCUCAUCCAUACAUAGUGUUUUGCCAUGUCUUCAUAGUUUUUGCUGUUGUACAGUCCUGCAUUCAAAUGAUGGAUUCAACAGUGCUCCAUGAAAAGGCUUUUAAAAUAGUUUUUUUUUUUUUUUUUUACCUUAACUGCCUCACAGAUAUUUGAUGUGUUGCUUGGUCUUGACGUGUUUUGUUCUCCAGUGGGCUCCAACAACGUUCUGAGGCCUUCAAAAAAAAAAAACCCAGUUGGAUUAAUACUGGGAUUUAAUUACACCCAGUCUAGCCAUUAAUGGGUUGACUUCUGAAGACCAGUGGGCUAAACACAGAUGUAUGCUGAGAACCCUGCAACAAUUUGCUUCCUCGUCAAUAAAUAAAUGAAAGUUUAUGGUUGAAGUGUAAAAAUGAAGGAGUGCAAAGGGUGUGAAUCCUUAUUUUAUCUUCCCCGGGGUUGUGUGGUCGAUUAUUAAUGCCUUCAGGUUCCGACAGGUGAAUCCAUCGAGAGAUGACGUUCUUGACUCGAUUACACCGCACUCCACGAACAAGUUUGUUUUAAGAUGGCGGCGGAAGCCAGGAAACAGGUAUUAAGAGUUAAACGUUCCAGCUGAGAGCUUUAGCCGUGCCGUUUAUACAUUUUAUAAAGUAGCGGAAACCCGUUUCAUCCCCAGUUUUGAUGCUAGUGAAGAAAAGAAACGAGUUCCUCGCAUUUGUUUCCAGUUGAGGAAGCGCUGCUGAGAGAAGAGAGUCCGCGUCAGCAGCAAGUGCACUCCGUGACGUGAGGAAGGAGGUGAGAGGUGGUGGUUCUGUUUACCGGCCGCUUGUUUUAUCUCCCCCCCCGCCCGCAGUGACCUUACGUGACAGCAGAUGACCUCCCUCCGGAGCCGAUUGUGUGGAGAAGCCAGGGGGGCGUUGGUGGUGCAGCAGUAGCCCCAGCAUCACCAUGGACCCCUCCAGGCGGUGGCUACCUGUCAUCCACCUGUAGCGUCCACCGGCUGCGGCAUGGCAAACCCGAGCCUCGGUCCACAGAACCAGAUGGACGGCCGCUCUGGGGUGUCUGGGGGAGUCAUUGUCAAGAACGGCUCUUUGGGCAAAGAACCGACUUCCUCCAGCUUGUACGAUAAACCCAGCUGUACCUCACCCAGUGAGCUCGCCUUGCCCAGUUACAAGCCAUCCUGCGCCUCCACUCCCAUCUACUACAGCAGUCCUCAGAAUUGCUCUGACUUGGACCCAGACAGUCACAGCUUGACAUCUCAGGACUCUGGGAUCCCCACUCUAGAGAUCAACCCUCGGGACCCCAUCAUCCACAGCCACCAUCAUCCAGGCGAUGGAGGCAUCCAUGACACAAGUGAAGACUCCCCUGCCACUUUACCUCUGGACAAUAAUCCAACUGACAGUAAUUGCAUCCACAGGUCAUCUACCUUCCCACGCAGUGGCUAUGACUCCGUCCGUCACUUCAGCCCCACUAUCAGAUUAACAACCACAACCGGGUUAAGCGUUGGCGGCGGAGCUCUAAACCGCAGCGACGACAUCUCGGUGUGCAGCGUGUCGAGCAUGAGCACGGAGCUGUCGGUCUCCAAUGAGGACAUCCUGGAUUUUACCGUCACUUCUGACUCUAGCGCCAUUGUAACCUUGAAAACAGAUCUCAGCGGAUCAGCUCACUUCUCGGAUGUGACGCUGUCUUCAUCACCAGGAAACCCAGGAGAAUUAUGGAGUCCUGGACGAGGGCAUCAGGGCUCCGGUGUCAUUCAACAGGAUGAUGGAAAGUUUAAGAAACUGGGACCUUUUGCAAAUUUGUUCAACAAGAACCUGUUUGCCAAGAAGGUGAAGGACAGUCAACCUGCAGAGCACAAAGAUCCGGGUUGGAAGCUGUUUGGGAAAGUCCCACCCCUGGAAGGCCCCAUAAAGGACCCCAAGAAAAUCCAAAAGGAAUAUGAAACAAAGAGUGGCAGAGCUGGACCUGGCGACCCGACAUCCCCCAGGCAGGGUGUGAGAAAAAACCUGGACUUCGAGCCUCUCUCCACCACUGCACUGAUCCUGGAGGACAGACCUGCUAAUCUGCCUGCCAAACCUGCAGAGGAGGCCCAGAAACACAGACAGCAGUAUGAAGAGAUGGUGGCCCAGGCCAAGAAGAGAGAGCUGAAGGAUGCUCAGAAAAGGAAGAAGCAGUUGGAGGAUCGAUGUAAACUCGAAGAGAGCAUCGGCACAGCAGCCCAGAUCUGGAACCAAGAGAUCUUACCCAACUGGAGUACAAUGUGUACAUCCCGGCGAGUGAGGGACCUCUGGUGGCAAGGCAUCCCCCCGAGUGUCAGGGGGAAAGUGUGGAGCCUGGCUGUGGGCAACGAGCUCAACAUCACACACGAGCUGUAUAACAUUUGUCUGGCCCGGGCAAAAGAGAAGUGGAGGAGCACAGCAGUUCCCAGCACUGAAACUGAAGGAUUUCUUAAAGAUGUUUUAGAUUCUUCAGACCGGGAGUCGAGCCUGGAGUUGAUCAAGCUGGACAUUUCAAGAACCUUUCCCCAGCUGUGCAUCUUCCAGCAGGGCGGGCCCUAUUAUGACGUGCUGCACAGCAUUCUGGGAGCGUACACGUGUUACCGGCCAGAUGUUGGCUAUGUGCAGGGGAUGUCGUUCAUCGCGGCCGUGCUGAUCCUCAAUCUGGACACAGCCGAUGCCUUCAUAGCUUUUGCCAACCUGCUCAACAAGCCCUGUCAGAUGGCCUUCUUCAGAGUCGACCACAGCCUUAUGUUGACAUACUUUGCAGCGUUUGAAGUGUUCUUUGAAGAAAAUCUACCAAAGCUCUUUGCACAUUUCAAGAAAAACAACUUGACCCCUGAUAUUUAUUUAAUCGACUGGAUCUUCACACUGUACAGUAAGUCUUUGCCACUGGACCUGGCGUGCCGGGUUUGGGAUGUGUUCUGCAGGGACGGUGAGGAGUUUCUGUUCCGCACAGCGCUGGGCGUGCUGCGCCUCUAUCAAGACGUCCUGACCGCCAUGGACUUCAUCCACAUGGCUCAGUUCCUCACCCGCCUGCCAGACCUCAUCCCUCCGGAGCAGCUCUUUCAGCACAUCGCAGCUGUUCACAUGACCAGUCGCAACAGGAAGUGGGCACAGGUCCUGCAGACGCUGACGGAGCAGAAGAAAUCUGGAGCGAGACUUUCCGGCGCUGAGGCCUUGAGCUGAGGCCAGAGGGAGCAUCCCACACUAAUCCACUUAGAUCCCCUUCCAUCUUUCAGGAAAUCCUGGAACCUCACCAGGCCAGAUGGACCUGAAAGAGACAGAGACCCCUCUCAUCAGCCAGGGGGCCACACCCUACUGUAGCUGCUGUGAUGGAGCUCUUCCUUGUUGAGCGUGUCGCCGCUCAGACCCUAAACCAGCAUCCAUUAAGGAGGGUUUGUUCGUGAUGAUGCACGGGUGUGUAAAAGGAAUAUGAGGCCUUAUUUUACUCCAAACACCCACCGUCCCCACACCCCCCUCUGCCCUAAAGCCCGGCAGUGAACUGGAAACUGUAGCUGGGAAAAGGUGAAGAAUGUAAUGCACUCCCACAUUCAUGAACAUGUAUCAGGCUGACUCAGAUCUUCGCAGGCUGAGGAAACCACAGGGAUACCACUGAAUUUACGACAUCAGUCCCUCCACUCAGCUCUGUGUGGCAGCGAUCUGAACGCUGUUCCACUCGUUUCUUCCUUCCUUUGGUUGUUAUGACGAGAAUCUGAAAUGUUCUUUUUCCAUUUGUGUACCAGUCAGGGAACAUCAUUUUCAUCUUCAAUUUUGACCUUUGCUUUAAAACCAACCAUGCGACCAGUGGAUUCAUGUCUCAUAUUUCUCAGACCAAACCUUAUCUUCGCUUUUUUUAAUCAGUUGGCACAAUCAUCAUUCCCUCCUGCCCUCUGGAAGUGAUUUCUCAUGCUGUCUGUGUGCGUUUUAUUUUCCUUAAUCAGGUUUGUUUUCUGAAUCAUUCUAUUUAGUGAAAUCCUCUGAAGUUUCCUUGCUGCAAGGAAAGCUUAGUUGAACACACGGUGACAUGCGGUGCACCUCUUGGAGCCCCAUGUCGGUAUGUGUCAGUAAUGAAAUAACUCUUAAUCGAGGUCAUAUAAGCUGUCUGGAAAAUUGUUUUUUUAUUUUUACAUCAAUGAAACUGGGUUAACUUUAAAAAAACAAAACCAGUGGUGAAGUGGUUUUUGUUUUUUUUCUCAUGCUUUUAAUGUGUUUGUGGUACAUUUCAGCGUUGUAGUGUCCUGGUGUGCAAGCGUGAAGUCUUUUGUGCAAUUAUUUAAUAUUUAUCAGCAAGGUGACGAGACAUAAACAGGACUAGCUCCUCAGAAAUGAAGGUUUGUGGUGAAGUUUUAUCCUCAGCAGGUUGUGUGUAAACAUGCUGCAUCAGGUGUUCACGUAGAUCGGCUUCGCUGCAUGGUGCGCUUCCACCCGAUCGUGGUUUCGAGAUGAAUCCUCUCUGGUGUUUCUACAGGCAUGGCGACAAGAAAGAUAAAUGUGUGACUAUGUUUUAAUAUUCAGAUGAGACCAGUUUACUUGAUUUAAUAAAUGAAUGGCAAAAAAUACAUUUUUCACCCAAAAUGUUUGGGUUAAAACUUGUCCAAAUGAUGGUUGUGAUACUGAAGCUGCAGCAUGUUGAUCAGUGAUUUUACAUGGAAACUCCCUAGAAAAAGAAAUUAUGUUUAUAAGUUGAACCGCACAGCGUGUGCGACCGAUUUAAUGACACGUGAAUUUAUAAAGCUUCCAACAAAUUGUUUAUUAUUUAUGUUAUAUUAUCCUAUGAGGCUAAUGAAUUUGAAACGGCCGAUAUGAGCAAGGGGCAGGUGUGGUGGCAUUUUUACAUCCAGCUGACUGGCAGUGCACAGCAAGAGGUAGUUUGCACUACUCCCUACCGAAUGAAGAAACUCCAGCCUUUAACUACAAUCUAAUUUAAAGCACGUUAAACGUUGGAAAGGGAAAAUGAAGCAGUUGUGACAGUUUUUAAAAGCUCGAGUUACCCUGACACCAGAAAUCCAUGAUAACACACUACACAGCCGGUCCUGGUUUAGAAUCAGCUCCUCCACAGCGGAGCAGGAGGCAUCAAGUCUGAGUCCAGCUUGACUGUACAUCUCCUGGAUGUUAGGGAUGAGGUGUUAUUGCUGUUUCACUCAGACUUUUGUGGCCUUCACAGUGGAUUCACACUGUGGUGAAUGUGUCAUCCCAUCAUGACCAGGAGUAAGUGAGCUGUGUGUUUGCAUUUCUAACAUCUGUAAGGUUUUAUUAACAGCAUUGUUUUCUUAAGCUAAACAAUCCACAGCUGCUUUUUUUUUUAGACCAUGAUUGGCUUAAAUCAAUCAGGUUGAAAGUGUAGAAAUGUAAUUGGCUGUUUGGAUCUCAAGGUCAAAGGUGGUUAUUACUGGUUUCCUCUUCUGAUGGGCAUUGCUGCUGUUUUUAUGCGAGGUGACCUUUAUUUCUGUGAAAUGACUCUGGGUUCUGCUCUCUAAGUAAACUUAAGUUUAAAGAUGUCUCAACGUUUAAAACCAAGAAUUGGUUUUGACUUGUCAGAUUCAUCUCACACUGUGUCUGUAGAAGGUUUUCUGUUUUCACAUCAUCAUGAUCAUCUUUCUGCACCUCACCCCCCACCAGCCAACUCCUCCACUGUGGUUAAAAAAAACCCACAGGACUGCAAUAAAGCUUUUUGCACAAACAUGUAAGCCUUUGCAUUGAGCUGUGCCUCACAACAUCACUUCAUUUCAUCAGUCAUGGUUAAACGGGUUUCCGCCUUCUUGUUUUCUUCUAUUUUCUGUUAUUUGUGCUGAAGUUGCUGUGUCAAUAUAUUCUCUGUAAUGUGUGUGCUUGUGGUAAAAAGGUAAUUGCACAAAGAUGUUGGUUGCUAAGAUGUUACAUUAAAGGUAAAGGCUGGUAUUAUCUAUCAACACUACCUGACCAUUCUUUAAUCCACAGCUCUUGGACACAAUAAAAAAAGACCCAAUCAAAGGUUUAAUUUACAUAAUCAGGUUGAUUUCUUGGUUUUUAUUUUUGUCAGAUUUCUUUUUUUUUUUUAAGCCCGUGUACUGUAGGGGACUGAUGGACAUUUGUGUAGGCAGCAGAGGGUCGUCAUGCAACUGUAUCUCACUUGAAAUGUAUAUAAAUGAUGGUUUUAUCAUAAUAAAAAGCUGUACAAUA